AUGAUUCUAUUGAGCAGGGAGACAGCUCAGCAGGAAAAUGCGUGCAUCUUCAUUCUAUGCCGAAACACAGAUAUAGAUGGGCUCAAAGGCACAAUAAAAUCUUUUGAGAGCCACUUCAAUCAGAAAUAUAAAUAUCCAUACGUGGUAGUGAAUGAUCAGGAGUUCACAGAGGAGUUCAAGGAGCAGUUCAAAGAGCUGACAGAGAGCUCUGUUGAGUUUGGAAAGGUCCCAGCCGAGCACUGGAGCUAUCCAGAGUGGGUGGACAAAGAAAAAGCAGAAAUGUCAAGAAAAAAGAUGGAGAGCGAACAGAUUAUUUAUGGAGGAAGUGAGUCGUACAGACACAUGUGCAGGUAUUUUUCAGGGUUCUUCUUUCUGCAUCCGCUAGCAAUGAAGUAUAGGUACUACUGGAGGAUUGAGCCGGACACACAAAUACACUGCGACAUAGGCUAUGACGUGUUUGAGUACAUGCGAGUAAAUAAAAAAAAGUACGGAUUUACCAUUACUCUCCACGAGUUUCCGCAAACCAUCACAUCCCUUUGGAGCACAGUGCAGAGGUUUGUGGCAGCGUACAACACGUUUUACAAGGAAGGAAACUACUGGAGUCUCCUAAAUCCAUUUAGCUUGCACAGAUUUAUCACAGAUGAAAUGUUUACAAGAUACAAUAUGUGCCACUUUUGGUCGAACUUUGAAAUAGGAGACUUUUCCUUUUUUAGAAGCAAGAAGUACGGGCUCUACUUUGACUAUCUUGACAGAUCUGGCGGGUUUUUCUACGAAAGAUGGGGCGAUGCUCCUGUGCACUCAAUUGCUGCUUCACUGUUUCUGAACAAAAGCGAAAUACACUAUUUUGAAGACAUCGGAUACACACACCCACCGUUUACACACUGUCCAAAGCCGUCUCUCCAAAAGUCCAGCUGUUCGUGCACGCCGUCCCUGUCAGUCGACAUAAAAAUGCCACUGUGCAUCAAUUUGUAUAGAACAAUUAAAAAAAUGUAA